CGGUCGUCAUGCGUCAUGAUUUUACAAAAAAUCACUAUUCUUCUUCUAAUCAACCCAUCGAGCAUCUCACACGCCUGCGUCACCGUUUUACAAAACAUCCCUCCAUCCCCGCCGACCCACGCGCCAUUCCCGCCGACCCCGCAGCCCGACCCCGCAUCCGCCAUCCCCGCCGACCCCGCAGCCGCCAUCCCCACGCCGUCUCCACCCCCCAUCAGGCACCCCCCCCGCCCCGCCCCGCUCGUCGCCAUAGAGUUUCAUCGCCUCGCUCGCGUCGCCAACUACAUCCGCUCGAACCGCGUCCUUACAUGCCAUGCCCACCAUCCUCGCUCGCUCCAACCAUGUAUCUACAUGUCGCCUCCGACAUCCACGCCCAUGCUUCGUGUAGUGCUUGACGCGCCCGCUCCAACCGCGUCUAUGCAUGCCGUGACUGCCAUCCUCGCCACCCGCAUGCCUCAUCUGCAUCCUCCGUUUAUCGUACUUAUCCGCGAUGAUAUGCUAGAGCGUCAGCAAGGCGGACUCUCCAAACCUCCAGAGAGGGAGGGAGGCAGCAGCCAAUGCCCAGCACGUACCAAUCUGCGUGGCGGGAGGUGCCCGGACUGCGUACCCACGGGCGAGCAGGAUUUUGACGAUCCACGACCCGAUGAAGUCGCCGGCGUCGGUGACGCACAAGGCGGCAGUGGCCAUCGUGCGCUGACGCCCAGUCCCUUCCUCUCGCGAGCGAAACGGGGGGCGGUGGUGCCGCCGGGCGAAUGGAUUCGUCCGAGAGCGAGCAAAUAGGGGUAAGCAUUUAUCAAGCGGAAGUGGGAAGAAAUGGUACAGUGAAGUGGAGGAAAUGACACAGAACACGAGCGAAGCUGGCAUCUCAAGGCGGUCGCACUCGCACGGUUAGCAGUGCACUCCCCUAAUUUCUGCCCUUUUUAUGGUUUCACGAUUAUCUGAAUAUGGAGUUCAAGGAUUGAUCUUUUCUGAGUUCUUUGUUGCCAUAUUUUUCUGUCCAUGUAAUAAGGUUGUGGGUAAAAUAUUGUGUCAAUCGGGCUUGUGUGUUGCAGUUCUAUUCUUGUGUAGUGCAGCUCCGAAGUCGCUGCUACCAGGUGCCCCCGUGCUGGGGCAUAGGUGCAGUCGCCGCUGCGCCCAGCCUACACAAAGGCAGCUACCGUUGCGACAACGAGAGGGAGCUCCCAAGGCACCAAUGUUGUUGCUGCCAGUUCUUCAAAGAGUUAUUGAUGGUUCACAAAAGACCACUGUUGCUCUGCCAAUUCACAAAGCCUUGAUGAUUGUUAUGAUGGAACCAAUGUUGAGGCCUACAACAAUGAUGUCAUUGUUCCCAUGGGACCUCAAUCUCCAAAAAACCAAGAGGCCGUGGGAAGAGGAAUGUGACAAUGAGAAGGUUCAGUUAAAGACUAUUGGUACAUUUUAUCGAAUAUUUUAUUUUUAUUUCAGCAUAUGCUCGCUUGUUGCUCUCAUGUUUUAAACCAUGUUAUAACUUCA